ACGCAGGAGAUCCACCUUGUUCCCGGUUGCGGGGUCAUGUGUGGCUGGAACGUGGCGGCCAAGAAUUCACAGUCGUGACUCGUGCAACAGAGAUUCACCCCUCGACUCGAUGAGAAGAACAAGCCGAACUCGAGGUAUGGAAUGUCGACCGAACCUCAUGGGAGUGAUGAAACCGAAGUAGUUGGGCUGCCUAAAACAACUGGUCUAGUCUAUUUCAAUUAUUUUUGCUCACUCCUUUUCACUCGACUGUUCUACUCGGUUGCGUUGCUCAAUUUGUUUUGUUCGGUUUCUUUUGCUCGGUAUAGGUACUUAGUCUCUCGAGUCCUCGUCAUGCCUGUAGUGCUGAGACUUCUCGUUUGUCUCUGGCAACCGGCCUUUUUUGGUCAGAGGGCGCCGAUAUCAACAGUGAAAGAUGGGUCACGCAUGACUCAAUCUUCACUCUCAGUGGCAUGGAUGUUACAAUUCCUACUGUGUGCUUCGUACUACGAAUUUUCCAUAGCCUAGCAUUCGCUUCUAGCGAUAGGCAACAACUGGGAACGAACACCCGAAGCCGCAUAUGCUGCUGGCAUUGCCUCUGACGCCACAUUCCCCCAGUGUCUCGCCUUUGAAGGCCACCAAGUGGGGAG